CAGCAUUAAGUGCUUAAACUGAGGUUUUAAAUCCUAAAAAUUAGGAAUCUCAAGAAAAUGAUGAGGCUUGUCAUAUUAAUGACAAUACCUUAUUCUAUUCACUUCUCAGUGAGCAGUGGAUCAGAACUUUCAGUCAUACAAUAUCCUCAGGACAUCAACGUCUCUCUUGAUUCAACAGUUUUGAUAUUGUGUGAAUUUGACUACCCAGCUAAAACUACAGUUGACACAGAGGUUUAUUGGAGAAAAGGCCCAGACUGCAAUCGGCCAGGCCUCAAACCAAGCCCAGGCAUCUCUCAUUUUCAAAAAUCACAGGUGCAAAUUACAAAGGAAACAACCAAAAGGUUUUCAAUCUUAAAACUGAACAAUGUUCAGCUGGAUGAUAGUAACAUGUAUUUCUGUGAUGUGACACUAACUGAUCCACCACCACCACAGAAUAAAUGUGGAAAAGGCACCAAGCUGACAGUACAUGGGCCUACAUGUCAUGAUAGCAGAUCAGAUAAAAAUAUUUGGAUGUGGCUGCUUCUUCUUGGAUACAGCAUUAGCGUCACCAUGAUUAUAAUAGGUUUCCUUAUUCAUCAGUGCUGUAAAAAGUUCAGGAUCAACUCAAGAACCACAGACGGCAGCACUACAUUGCCAAGUGAAUGGACUUAUGACAAACCAGCCAGAACUGUUAAUAAUGGAUUUAAUCAAGAAUAUGAAGAUAUGACACUAAUAAGGUCUUUUACUCAUAAUGGACACAUGAUGAAAUGAAAAAGAAAUGUAUAUACAGUAGUCAUAACAUUAGCCUGUAUAGUGAUGAAUACUUUAUUCUACCCAGUAGAAAAGUGGUUAAGUUAGAAUUGCCAAGUGUUCAAGUAACUCUUCUAUCAACACAUUAAUAAAAAAACAAAGGAAUGACUAUGUUGAACAACAUGAACAUACAUGCUGGCCUCACUUUAUCUCUGUUACAAGUGACAACCGUCUCUUGGAAUGCCUCCUGAUUUCCUUUCCUUUCCUUGAUAAAGCCAAAAACAGAAUGAUGAUCCAAUUCCUCAUAUGCAAAAAAGUCCAGCCUAAAUUCUGAUUUUGGUUAGAUUCAGACAUCCACACACAUUUUGGUUAUUUGUGCGUUAUGAUGACAGAGGGAAGACUGAGUUGUAAUUGAGAGGAAUUCUCUACACCUAACCCUAACACAUUACUUCGCCCCUCCUGUUUGUGCCCCUGGUUGUCUUUCUAA